AUGCCGCCGCCGAUGACACGCCAUCGCCGCUGGGUCCGGCAGCAGCUGGAGACGUGGGAGAACUGGCCCGACAGCGUUCACCUCGUCUUCGUGCGGAAGCUCGUCGAGGAACUCUCGGAGCAGUUGGAUGUGGCCCAGGAUGAUUCAUCCCGGCACUGCAACGCGGAGCGGCCCCUGGCAGAGAACUGUGCUGCCCAGGAGACCGUGGUGGUAAAGGAUGGCGAACCCGCAAUUGAUGCUCCGCUCUUCCUGCCUUGUGGUACUGCAGGGCAUUUCAAUUCAGAGCGGCCCCUGGCAGAGAACUGUGCUGCCCAGGAGCCAUCGUUGUGGCUUUCGAUCCCUCAAGAGCAGAGCGCAGACAGCGGCGAUCUGCAUGAGGGCUGCCCCGUCGCUGCAUCGACACCCCGUGCGGGCACCACAGAGAGCCAGGAACCGAACCCUCAGACCCGCCCGGGCAGAAAAAGCAGCGGCGGCGACAGUGAAGCCAGCACGAGACUGCCCGACGGCAACAGCAGCGAUUCAGACAUCGACGAAGAGUGGUCCGGGGAGGAAUUCGCCCCUCACGACCUCCUUAUGACAAAUCUGUUGCCGUUCUUGAGCGUGCAGGAGCUGCGCAACUGGCGCGUACUCUCGCGGCUUACGCGGAGCCCCAAGGCCUUGACAGCGCACGUGGCUGAGGUGGGCAGCAUGGACAGGCCAGAACAGAUUGUCGCUUUCGUGCAGCAGAUGGAUCUGGUCGGAAGUAACCCGGAUACACUCUUCGCCGAUGUCUUCCAGGGCGAUGCGGAGCAGCAGAAGAUGUACGAGUGUCGGUGGUGGUCUACGGCCUUGGCAUCCAAGAGAAAAACCAAUUUCGCAGAAAGCCACGCUAAGCGCAUUGUUCGCAAGAACCUCCGAAGUCUGCUUCGGCACUGCCGGAGUUCGGAUGUGGCCGUUGCUGAUGCUGCCAUGCUCCUUGUAAUGAACCAUGCUGUUGAGGCCCUCCCUUUUGUGCAGGGACCUAUUGCAGAAACCAUGCUCGGCAUGACGGAAGAACUUGUGGAGUCCAGCAUUUCCGUCAACAAGGACAAACUACUUUUUUGUGGCACGAUUCUUGGGCUUGUACUGCGGGUGCUGAGCAAGCCUCAGCGUCAGAGGUGGGUGUCCCUUCUUGUCGAACUGCUGAUGGACGAGGACUUUCCCAAACAGCCAGUGAUCUGGCGGUUGAGGCUGCUCUGGCUUGCUGAUGAUGACCCCUUGCGAACCUACGCGGCGGUACGCCAGCAGCUGCGGCUUUAUGCGAAGUCCGCCUCGAAGUGGGAGACUGAUGUUAAGCUUCUCACCGACUGCAGCUGCUGCUGA